AUGAUCCGCAGUGUGCUCCGGAAGCGAGUAUCCCCACGCAGCAGACAGCGCUUCUCACCGGUCCCCACCCCCUUCACUUUCAACUUCCCCUUAACUGGGACAGUCACUCGGGACUUUCAAACGAAAUCAAGUGGGAGACACUCAGCAGCCCCCGCCAUGAUCACCGCCGGGGCUUUGGCUUCGCCCGGGACUGCGCGCCAGGGCGGACCCCGAGGCGGACAAGUUGGGGUCCCCCACACUCUGCUCAGAGCCCCGGAGAGAAGAGACGAAGUCAUCCGGAAGCGUCUCCUAAUUGAUGGGGAUGGUGCUGGAGAUGAUCGGAGAAUUAAUCUGUUGGUGAAGAGUUUCAUUAAAUGGUGCAACUCUGGAUCCCAGGAAGAGGGAUAUAGCCAAUACCAACGUAUGCUGAGUACACUGUCACAAUGUGAAUUUUCCAUGGGCAAGACCUUGCUUGUAUAUGACAUGAAUCUCAGAGAAAUGGAAAACUAUGAAAAAAUUUACAAAGAAAUAGAAUGUAGCAUCGCUGGAGCACAUGAAAAAAUUGCUGAGUGCAAAAAGCAAAUUCUUCAAGCAAAACGAAUACGAAAAAAUCGCCAAGAGUACGAUGCUUUAGCAAAAGUAAUCCAGCAUCAUCCAGACAGACAUGAAACAUUAAAGGAAUUAGAAGCUCUGGGAAAAGAAUUAGAGCAUCUUUCACAUACUAAAGAAAGUGUUGAAGAUAAGCUGGAAUUGAGACGGAAACAGUUUCAUGUUCUUCUUAGUACCAUCCAUGAACUUCAGCAAACACUAGAAAAUGAUGAAAAACUCUCAGAGGUAGAAGAUGCUCAAGAAACAAGCAUGGAAUCUGAUCCUAAGCCAUAG